AUGUCGUUCACCGAAUGGCCUGAGUUGGCUGUGGUUACAAAGGAACAACGAUUUGAACUAGUAGUUAAGGAUGCGAAAGGAAGAAAUCCACCGCUGAGUGAUGAUGAGCUCCAGAAAAACGUUUUCCAAAAGAAUGCUAACCUGAAUUUUGUGAGCAUAGCGGGUUGCGGUCUCUCUCACCUCUCAUCUUCUAUUACGGCAUGUUCCCAUCUUACCAAACUAGUAGUCAUAAGGAAUGAGUUAGUCAGUAUUCCAAGUGAGAUAGGUUCACUUUCGAAGCUGACCUUCGUCGACUUUAGUAAUAACAAGCUGGAAAGUUUACCAGCCUCAUUUUGCGCAUUGGAAAAAUUAGAAACACUUGUCGUAGCGGGCAACAAGCUAACCGAUGCAGGACUAUUCGAUUUCUCUUCAUUACAAUCGCUACUUGUUUUGGAUAUCUCAUACAACGAACUCACAUCCGUACCGGUAUCACUCACUAGUGGUCAGCUUGUACGAAUGCAUACGCUUAACCUUGCUCAUAAUAAAAUCGCUGAAGUAAUUCCAUCUCUGGACGUCUUAGAACACCUUAAAUCUCUAAAUCUGUCUGAAAAUGAGAUCAGGGAUCUUCCUUGGGCUAUUGGACAGCUGGAGAAGAUCAAAACAUUAGAUUUAUCCCAGAAUCCAUUCAAGGACGGACGUUUUAAAAAGCUUGCGAAUGACAAGAGAGCGAAGGUUUCUGCUGUUGUAACUUACAUAGCGAAGCAUGCUCCAAAAGUAUCUGAGAAUACCACUACGGAUGUUCAGAAUCCAGAACAACCAAAAGAAAAUGAUGAUGGCACUGUAACAGUCCGCAUAGGAUUGCCUGAGAUGUAUGUAAAACGAUUAGAGUCGGUCACUCCAAUUCGACCAUUUCUUGCGUGUUGUGUUCUACGAAACCUCGAUCUAACAGGCGAAGGUUUUAAGAAGUUCAUAAAUGUACAGACAAAACUGCACUCGUCAUCUUUAUGUGGCAACAGAACGAUUGCUGCGAUUGGUACUCACGAAAUAAAGUCUUUCCAGCCGCCUUUGAAGUAUUUAGCACUACCUCCAGAUGAAUUACAUAUCACAGCCUUGCACAAGAAGAAACCUAUUAGCGCUAAAGAGUUGAUCGACGCGCUUGUUAGAGAUGCCGAUUUGGCUCGUAAGAGAACAAAACGAAAUACACUGAAUCCACUUCAUAGAUACCUCAAUAUUGUCGUUGACUUGCCUCUGCUGCCUUGCCUUAUCGACACAAAUGGACUUGUGAUCAGUUUGGCUCCUCUUACUAAUAGCGAUUUAACAAAGAUGUCUGAAGAAACAGAAUCCGUAUGGGUGGAAGUAUCAUCGUCCGAAUCCAUGACUGUCUGUAAAGAGGUUCUCGAACAACUGAUCACGGAAACUUUGUUGAUCUGUCCACAGCUACACGUCGACCAGGUUCGCGUAUAUAGCGAAAACGAUGACCUGUUGUCAGCUUUCCCCGACAAGAACGAUCUGUCAUCGCUUCGUGUUCGACGAGAAUACGUCCAUAAAAAUGAGAGUGAAGCAUGA